GUUGCUGCUGCUGCUUUUGCUUUUGGGGCUGAGUUUAAUAACCAGCGAGCGAGCGAGCGAACGCGGGGGAAAAAGGCAGAGAAUGUCCGCCAUCUACCCUCCGCUCCUGGGCGCGCUCUCAUUCAUAGCAGCCUCUUCAUGAAUUACAGCUGAGGGGGGCGGGGAGGGGGGUACCUCACAACACCCCAGCAAACCUCCGGGCCCCCAGGCAUGGCUAGCUCGUGUGCCGUGCAGGUGAAGCUGGAGCUGGGGCACCGCGCCCAGGUGAGGAAAAAACCCACUGUGGAGGGCUUCACCCAUGACUGGAUGGUGUUCGUGCGCGGUCCGGAGCACAGUAACAUACAGCACUUUGUGGAGAAAGUCGUCUUCCACUUGCACGAAAGCUUUCCUAGGCCAAAAAGAGUGUGCAAAGAUCCACCUUACAAAGUAGAAGAAUCUGGGUAUGCUGGUUUCAUUUUGCCAAUUGAGGUUUAUUUUAAAAACAAGGAAGAACCUAAGAAAGUCCGCUUUGAUUAUGACUUAUUCCUGCAUCUUGAAGGCCAUCCACCAGUGAAUCACCUCCGCUGUGAAAAGCUAACUUUCAACAACCCCACAGAGGAGUUUAGAAGAAAGUUGCUGAAGGCAGGAGGGGACCCUAAUCGGAGUGUUCAUACCAGCAGCAGCAGCAGCAGCAGCUGUAGCAGCAGCAGCAGCAGUAGCAGCAGCAGUAGCAGCAGCAGUAGCAGCAGCAGCAGCAGCUGUAGCAGCAGCAGCAGUAGCAGCAGCAGUAGCAGCAGCAGCAGCACCAGUUUUUCAAAGCCUCACAAGUUAAUGAAGGAGCACAAGGAAAAACCUUCUAAAGACUCCAGAGAACAUAAAAGUGCCUUCAAAGAACCUUCCAGGGAUCACAACAAAUCUUCCAAAGAAUCCUCUAAGAAACCCAAAGAAAAUAAACCACUGAAAGAAGAAAAAAUAGUUCCUAAGAUGGCCUUCAAGGAACCGAAACCCAUGUCAAAAGAGCCAAAACCAGACAGUAACUUACUCACCAUCACCAGUGGACAGCAAGAUAAGAAGGCUCCUAGUAAAAGGCCCCCCAUUUCAGAUUCUGAAGAACUCUCAGCCAAAAAAAGGAAAAAGAGUAGCUCAGAGGCUUUAUUUAAAAGUUUCUCUAGUGCGCCCCCGCUGAUACUCACUUGUUCUGCUGACAAAAAACAGAUAAAAGAUAAAUCUCAUGUCAAGAUGGGAAAGGUCAAAAUUGAGAGUGAGACAUCAGAGAAGAAGAAAUCCACUUUACCGCCAUUUGAUGAUAUCGUGGAUCCCAAUGAUUCCGACGCGGAGGAGAACAUGUCCUCUAAAUCUGAUUCUGAACAACCCAGUCCUGCCAGCUCCAGCUCCAGCUCCAGCUCCAGCUUCACACCAUCUCAGACGAGGCAACAAGGUCCGUUAAGGUCCAUAAUGAAAGAUCUGCAUUCUGAUGACAAUGAGGAAGAAUCAGAUGAGGCAGAGGAUAAUGACAAUGACUCCGAAAUGGAGAGACCUGUAAAUAGAGGAGGCAGCCGAAGUCGCAGAGUUAGCUUAAGUGAUGGCAGCGAUAGUGAAAGCAGUUCUGCUUCUUCACCCCUACAUCACGAACCCCCGCCACCUUUAUUAAAAACCAACAACAACCAGAUUCUUGAAGUGAAAAGUCCAAUAAAGCAAAGCAAAUCAGAUAAGCAAAUAAAGAAUGGUGAAUGUGACAAGGCGUACCUAGAUGAACUGGUAGAGCUUCACAGAAGGUUAAUGACCUUGAGGGAAAGACACAUUCUGCAGCAGAUUGUGAACCUUAUAGAAGAAACUGGACACUUUCAUAUCACAAACACAACAUUUGAUUUUGACCUUUGCUCCCUGGACAAAACCACAGUCCGUAAACUACAGAGUUACCUGGAAACAUCUGGAACAUCCUGAGGAUACAACAACUGGAUGCAUCAAAAACUAUUGGGUUCUUUUUUUUUUUUUGGUUGUGAUUUUUUGUUGUUGUUGUUUAUAAGAAAACACUCAGAAUGAUGCAACCAAAAGGGAAAAAAUAAAAAUCAAGCAACCUUCAGCUUUAUUUUUCUUUGAAGCCAGUCAUCAUCUCUUGAUAAAGGAGAGGUUAAACAAACCAGCCUCAGCGGACCACUCUUCUCUCCAAGGAAACCCCGGGAAGAGUUUGCCUGGAUAGCCUUGAAAACAAACAAAUCAAACACAACACAAGAAAACUUAAAGAAUGUGUAUGGUAUCAUGUAUCUCUCUCUGUGGUGGUUCAUUCCACAGGACGAAUGCAUAUUCAACACACUGCCUUAUUACAUAACUGAUCUAUUUAUUAUCGCAUACAGAUACCUGAAAGUCAUUGAGGGAAUGACACCACAAGACAUUAUAAGUACUUGGUCCCGUGGAUGCUCUUUCAAUGCAGCGCCCUUGCCAUCCCAAGCCCAGUGACCUUACUCGUAUACCAUGCCACUCUCCACCAACUUUUUCCAACUCCUCUAACUCGUUGCAGUCUGUUUUUCCACCUUCUGUUUUUCCAGUUCUAGGACACAAACGAUCAACUGGGGGGACCAAAUAACCACCCUGAUUUUCUUCUUUGUGGUCUUUCUCCUGAAAGUUGGGGCCCAGUCCUUGGCUGUAUCCAUAUAAUGAUCUUGGACCAUGGUAGAAAAAGCACCAAAUAGGAUCAUGACUUGCUGUCUAGCCUUAGUCAACAAACCCGUAGGACUUUCAAACAAAAGUAAUGCGUGUAAACGUCCUGCGUCCAGCAUUGUUGAGCUGUCGCCAGCACUCUGGUGUCUGUGUCACUGUUACAAUAUUAGAUAAAUAUGGAAGUAAAGGCAUUCCAGAGGAUCAUCAUUUUUUAAAAAAGGAAUUCUGGUUCUGUUUUCUAAAGAAAUGUUGUAGAAAUUCGUAAUUUGGAUCUAUUUAUUAGUAAGAGUUUUGGCUUUCUUCAGCUGCCAGUGUGUCAUUCAUCUUAAUCGUAAAACCUGGAAUAAGAGAUUUUUGUUUGUUCGCAUAUGAUCCCCUUAGACUCUUUCUAUAUUUGGAAAAUUUAAAUCUUUGGGGGAAAUUCUUGGUUAUUCUGCCAUAACAGAUUAUGUAUUAACUUGUAGAUUCAGUGGUUCGAUACCUGUUUAGUCACUUGCUUAUGUUUCCAGAAGGAUUUCUUGUAUUGGUGAAAAUAAAGGAGGUUGGGGAGGGGGGAUAUUUUUGUUCUUGAUGUACCCUGUUUUGAAACUAGAAACCUUUCCUAUGGCAUGCAAAAGAAAGCAAAUUAUUUUUAAAGAAAAAAACAAAAAACAAAACCAAAGUACUUUUGGUGUCAUUAUUCCAUCCCCUCCAUAGAUGGAGAAAUGCAAAGUGAGAACAGCUCAUCUUUCAAGUUUUUGCUAGGAACUCAACUAAAAAGAAAAGAAAUGAAGAAAUACUUCUGGAUCCAAAGGUUCGUUCACUGGAUCAGCCUUAAGAAAGUCUCUAUCUGUGCUAAUAGACCAGUGUCUCCCUUGUUUAUUCCCAUGCCAGAUGCUGUCUUUUCAUACAGAGAUUAACUAGUGUCUGUACAGAAAACGGUCCUUCCAGACCCAUUCUUUUGUGCAGUAAUGUAAAUGAAGGUUGAUAAUGGAGUUAUUUCUGCAUUUUAAAAAGGGGGAUUUUUUUUUAACCUUUGUUUCUUUCUAUCCAAAGACACUAUUUUUUCCUUUAAAAAAUAAUACAACCAUGCUUCUUGUAAAUUACUUCUCUGAAGCAUCCUCCCUGAGGACAAGUGUAUGUUUUCAAUCAUGUUAUGAUUUUUGAUGAUUGGCACAAACUGUCCUUGAAGCAUUUGUCGUCUGGUCCACUUCUCGAUGAUUUAUUAGAGAAGAAGCUUCCUAAGUCAUUUUAGGUGACUGAUGAAUCGUGUGAUUUUAGUUGUGUUUUGUUUUGUUUUGAACUUUACAGGUGGAAGGGGAGGACAAUGCUUGAAUGGAAUUAUUUGCAAAAUUUAAAACUCUUUAAAAUUUCUAACUGCUAAUUCACAUAUCCUAAUGAAGCUAGAAAUGUAUGUGGUGUAUCUGAAAUAUCUGUGUAGUUUAAGUAGGAAUGUGUGUAUGUAGUUUGGGCCAUUUUUAUUUUUGCAACUAAAUUGUGUGGCAAAAACUAUGAUUUGGCAAUGUAAAGAUUUUGUUGUUGUUGUUCUUUAGGUUAUUAAGCAAGUAAUUAGGUAACACAAAUGAUCAAACAAAGUGGUUAAGAAGGGAUAUUAUUACAGUGAUAAAAUUUAGAUGCUCAGUUCAGGUGAUAAAGCAAAUAUCUUCCAAAUAAUUGUCAUCGUAAGUUUGCAAUUGAUAACAAAACCUGGGGAAAACUAUCCACCUACUAGUUGUGGAUGAGCAAAGGGAGUUUUCCACAAAAUUUCAGUAGAGUAAGAGUCACAUGGUUAAGUUUUUAGAAGUUACACCCUUGCUUUCAUCUAAGUUAUAAAUGCAGAAAUAAUGAAUCCCCUUUCAAUUAAUUUCCAAAAGUUAUACUUCUCUUAAGUAACCCACUCAGUUCUGCCAUAUUUGUGUACACUCACCUUUGAAACCUGUUAAAAAAUGUUUUGGGCACAUGUGUGUCCUAAUAGUGGCUUUGGUUUUUUAAGCACAAAAAAAAAUGGCAGGGUUUAGUUUCUUUGGUGUAUAUACAUAUAAAUAGAUGUUUCAAAUAAAAUUAAUUGGGUGAGUGUGAAUAUAGUUUGAGACAGCCAGAAUAUGAUAAACUUUCUUUAAAUUUUUUCCCCAGUAAUCUGAGGAGAAAAGUGUAUGUACAGAACUUCCCCCCUAAUAAAUUAGCUUCUGCCUCUGGUUUUGCCGCAGAACAUGUAUGAGAGCAGGUGCUUCUGACUCAGCAUGUGGCGGUCAUGUCAGCAACACCGUUUGCAGUUGUUUUGUUUCUUUGCCAUAAUCCAUCUCUCUGUGUAGACAAGUAGGCAUGUCUAUAUAUGCUUGUAUAUUGUGUCAGAGUAGGGAAGAACAUGAAAACAUUAGACUAGAGGGAAAAAAAUCAUAGGAGAGUGUCCUGAACAUUUUUAAAUUGCUAAGCAAAUCUCUCUAAUCUGAAUAAUUAUGCACCUUUUUGUGGACAGGGCCAAUACAUUUGGCUUUCUUCCACCAAAAAAAAAGUUUCUACAGAUAAUUUCUACAGACUCAGCUCAUCUUUAUAAAAGACUGAUCAGGCCUGCAUAACAUUCCAAGCCCUGUGCAUGUUAACGACUUAACAUAACGUGUUUAAGAGAAGAGACUUUAUCUUAAAUGUUUUAACUCUGCCUAGGUAAUGGAGUUGGAUAUUCAGUGUUGGAAAUGGUCAGUGUUUGUGUUUGGUGGCUGGUGUUCAUUUUUCUCACUGUGGAUGUGAUCAGUUCUGGAGUAGUUUGCUGUAUGUUCAUUUCUUUCCACCUUUAGCACUGUGCGUGUGCUGCAUUCACACACAGAGGCACGCACGCAUAUUAUAAACUUGCUUUGGACUGUUGCUCUAAAACUAAGACUGUGAUGCCAAGUCUACUACAACUGCGAUGAAUGUAGAGGAGUCAGUCCCCACGGUUUAGUCUCGGGCCGGAAGUCUACAUCUCUGACCUCUUGUUUUAUAUGAUGCUUUUUGUCAUGUAGGCAUUGCCAUCCCUGAAUAUUCCUUGUAAAGAUGCAUCGAAGAAGUCAGUUUAAAAGGAAGACAAAGCCACCUCUGUCUGUAAACUGUAAAUAUGUAUUUUGGCACUUAUACUCCACUAUUCUGAAAAUAGAGUUUUGAUGGAAAUGCUGACAGAUCCUGAACGGUGGCCAGAGCUACCAUGCAGUGCAAAAAUAAAUUAAGUAAAAAUGUAUUCUUGAGAUUAAUAAUGCAAGGCCAAUACAUUUUAUAAAUCUGUCAGUAUCUUUUUAAAUGGAGUGUGUAUGUGUAGUUUUGUUGAAAGAUACACUGUGUAUGUGUGUGUAGAUGCUAUUAUGUGAACAACAAGGCAUUCGUAAGAUGUAUUUCCCAUCUCUAAAACCCAUGUUGAAAUGUAAGUACAGAUUGACAGAAAUAGCUGUUUUUCUUUCUUAAAUUCAUAUCUAAUCUAUUGUGGCUCCAUGUUUUUUACAAUGUAUAGUCUUACUGAUUUGUUAAGAGUCAUUUGACCAAAGUUUGGUUUUGCUUUGCAUACAGAAAAAUGAGCCCCUACCUUUUCUCAAGAAGAGAUGCUGGUCCUAGGGAAGAAGGAAUGGAGAGAUGAGACCAGUAGUGUCUGAGCACCAUUUUCUGUGCCCUAAACCAGUACAUUUUUUAGGCUCUAUAGUGUUGGGCAAAAAAAUGGUGGCACAUGUUUUUGGAAUAAAUCAGGUUACUUGUGCAUGAUAUUUUUUCAUUUCCCCCUGUUUCUCUGGAAGAUUUUGUUCAUAAACAACACAACACACUAUCACUGGACAGAAUCAGUCUUCUAACAAAAGCCCUGCAGUUACUUUAGCAGCAAGAAAUGCUACCUUAAUUAGACAGGAAGGAGAAAAACUACUUCAACAAAGAGAAUAGAAUGCUUUUAGUUUGGCAAAUAACCAGGGAAUUGGAUGGAAGGCUCUUUUUAAUAGUGAAGAGACAUCAAAUUUGAGGAACUAGCAGUAUCUGCAAUCUAACAAGCCGUCCAGAAGAUAAUGGCGGGCUGCCUAGCAUCUUAUCUCCCGGAACGUGACUGUAGGUGUGGAAGCAGCAGUCCCAGAUGGGCUGGGCUGACAGCUAAGCUUUCUAAUGACCAGGCUGGAAUUGGACUAAUCUCUUCUCUUGUUUCAGCAUAGAUAUUCAUUUGUUUAUUUUAAAAUAAUGGCCUUGCAUUUUUCUCCAGCCUGGAGAAAGUCCAGAUGGGCAUCUUGGGCCUCCUGAAGACUCAGGGUGUCAUCACCAAGUGGUCUCAAACACGAAGUGCGCUGAGCUACAGUUUUCUCAAGACAUUUGUUCCACCGUCUCUCUGAAUUGUGUUCCCACUUGGAUAUGCAAGGAGCCCUGGCAGGAGAUGGCAGCUUAACUGAGUCCUGAUACCCAGACCUCCCUGCUUGGUAAUUCAGGAACAUAGUAUCCAAAACUAAUGGUCUUGUUUGUUCUGAUUAGUAGAGCAGCUAAGCAUAUUUUACUGGUUUCCUUGCCCAGGAUACCACCCAAAUAGGAAACCCUUCAGUGCUCUGCUGCUUCUGCCGGGAGACAGUAUCCACACCUUCCUGCUUAUAUGGUCCCUUCUUUAAAGUCAAUUCCCAUCUUUCCCAGAGGCUGUUAACUUCCCCUGGGCUGUCAGGUUAGCCUCUUGGUCUUAAUUCCCUCUUAAUUAAAGAAUGACCUGUACCAUUCCUGAGGGCUAAGAAGAGAAAUACAUGGCACAAACUAAACAGUAAUUGUAACUGGGCUCAAUAGCUAUUAAAUAACAAUAAAAAUACCCUACCGUGUGAAUGGAAAGGCUCCUUGAAACCACUUUUGUACUAACUCAGGGCACUACUGGGCAACCACACGGAAUAGGUGGUUACAGGAGUGGGGAGAUAGGCAGUGAGUAAAGGCAAAGCUAUUUGCUCAUUUUCCCCUUGUAAUCAUGUCUUCCACCACAUGCAGUCCCCACCACAGAGUUCUGAAGUUUCAAAAGAGUAGAAAGGGAUAAAUCCAGGCCAUUAAAAGAAAAUAAUCAAAGCUAUUGAAAAGAUAAAACAAAUGAGU